CUAAAGGUUGCCCCCAGGCCGUCGCUCGUACCCACGAGGCCUGUGGGCUGGGCGGAGGCACCUGACUUUGGCUCUUUGCACUUGUCAGUCCUUAACGCACCUUGCCCACACCCCACGGUGUCUGGAAAGCAGGCGUGGAGGUAAAGCUGCUUGCAGUGCGUCUCUGCCCACACCGUACAUACAGGCACAAAGGGACAUAGCGUGCCUUUUGGCAGUUUAUCAGGACGAUUGCUGCCUUAGUGUGAGAAAGGGCCUGCAUUAAUUACUCAGUGGAGGGUGUGCCUUUGAAAGAUUUUACUGAUCGUUUUUUCCUAGGCCAAAGGUGCGCUAGUUUUUUUGCUGACAGUAAAUGUCAAACAGAAGGAGAGGGGGCUGGAAUACAUCAGCAAACUGAUUGUCUUUAGUCAUACUAAGUAAAGCUCUAGACACUUAAAUGGGUAGCAAUGUUAUUGCUUUAAUGUUAUCACUUAAUGCUUAGAAACUCAGGGGGAAGAUGUAAGCCACACUCUUGGUGUCUAGUGCCCAAAGGGAGCAUUAGGAUAAACAGAGAUCUUUUGUCCUCUGUCAGUCCCACAUUAACCCAAAAAUGGGGCAAACUGCACCUUUCUUUGAAACGUGGCAAGGAAGGCUGGAUGGUUGCAAACAGUCUGUGCUCCCUUUAGUCAGUGUAACGUGCUUGCCACAUUCACUUGGGUUUGACCCCAACUUGCUCUUCUGUAAAAAUGUUUAUUUAAACAGAUUUGUUUAAAAACAUUUUAAAACAUUGCUUUUUGAAUGCUAGAGUGAAAAAGACCCAAAAACUUUUUUUGAAGACUGUUUGAAAGCCAUUUAUGGAAAAAGGCACUUGAAGAAAGGCAGUGGGGCUGAAGAGUACAGUGGCUGAGAGGAGGAGGUGGCAGGGAGAUUGUGCAGAGGUCAGUGAGGAAAAACUGCGAAGCAGCUGCUGGAAGAGGAUGUUUUUCAAAGCGAUGUUGAUUCUGCGCUCUGUCACUUUUUAUUUUCUUCUUGUUAUGCUUUUAGUAAACAAUGGAGUCAGACAUAAAAGUGAAUGAACAUUUUAAAAGUCAGUUUAAGGCUUAUCAAGAACAACAGCAAAGGCGGCUGCAAAAUCUAAUGGAGAGGAAGAAGGAAAAACAGAACAGUCAGAAGGGUGAUAAUGGCAAUGCACAGGAAACUUUCAGAGUCCCAGAUGAUCUAAACCUGUUUGAAAUAGGACAACCUGUAAAUGAAGAUGACAGCAAAAGGUUGCUUGAGAUUGAGAAUGAGCAGCUCCAGGAUCAGCUUCGAGAGGUCCGAGAUGAGAACUGCAGACUGUACAAACUGGUGACAGAGAAAGAUUUUGAAAUAAAGCAACUCCAGAAAAAAAUACAGGAGGACAGAUUGGCUUUGCUGGGGGCAUCUGCUUUAGCUGGAGAUGUUGCAGCUACUAAAAUAGUUGAAUUGGCCAAAAAGAAUCGUGAGAUAACUGCCGAGACUGAGAGUGAAAAAGCCAAAGUGAAGCAGCUGAAUAACAAAGUCAAAGAGCUGGAGAGAGAACUACAGACAGCCAUAGAAAAAAUACAUUCUCUUGGUGGUGGUGAUGCAGAAAUCAAGCAAUCAACUCUGAAGAUGAUAGAAGGAAACUUGGCUGAAAGUCCAAAGGUGAAAGCAUUGCAAGAAAAAUUAACCACAGCCAACUUUAAAGUGAUGGAGUACCGUAACCAACUCCAAUCCGUGAAACAGGAGCUGAAGAUGACCCAAAAGCUUUUGGCAAAUGAAGUUGGUGAAGAUGUGAAUAUUCAAAGUCUCUUGACCAAUUCUGGCAGCUGGCGUGGACGAGCUCAGCAAAUUCUUGUUCUCCAAAGCAAAGUUCGAGAGCUGGAGAAUCAAUUGGGUCAAAACAAGACCAGAACAUCACUGAGUGAGAUUGAUGAGGAAUUGCUGGCACUUACUGAUCCAAGGAAGUUGUCAGCCCAAGAGAAGAACUUGUUGAAGAUUCACAGCUUGGAAAAAGAAAAGAAAGAAACCUUGGAGAAACUCACUGGGGAACAUGAUGCUCUCCAAAAAAGUCAUGAGGAAGUGAAAAAAAAACUCGACGCAUCAAAAGCCAGGAACAAAGUACUGUGCAGUGAAGUGAAAACCCUGAAGGAACAGAUCGUAACCUUGCUGGAGAAAGGAAAACACGACGAUGAGCUCAUAGAUGCCUUACUGAGCCAACAGAAGCAAAUGCAGGAGAUCUUAAAGCACCUGAGCCAGCAGGAUGAGAAGAACAAGGAGUCCCAGCAGAUGCUAGGGCAGCAUUUGAACAGUGAGGUUCAGAAACAAAACUGCCUUAUAGAGCAGCUCAGACAGAUGGUGGCUGAACGAGAAGCAAAGGUUAAAGAGCUGGAAGAGGAGAUUGGGCAACUCACACUUCAGAAGAAAUCUGCCCAUCAAGGGGAUGGUUCAGGAGCUGCUGCUACACCACCCUCUGAGCACUCAGAAGAUCCAGGUUUUACUCUGCUUAAGCCUCUGGCAUCAGGCAGCAAUCAGGUUGGAAGGAUUGGAUCUGCUCGCACAGUGUCCAAGAUGGGCCAUACACUUGUAGAGUCAGCAGCUACUAAGCCUUUCCUUCUCAGUAAUAACAUCCCACCUGGAAGGCUUGCUGGCACUGACAGCCCGGAUUUGAAAGUGCUGCAGACACAGAUCACAGAGCACAAGGCUCUCUGCCAGGCUGCUGAAGUGGAAAGAGACAGGCUCCUGGAACUGGUCACUGUGCUGCAGAAAAGGGUGGAGGAAGGCAGCAAUAAAGUCUUGGAAGCUGAGAAGAGGCUUCAGGAAGAACGGCGGCGAUGUGUCAUUUUGGAACAGCAGCUUGAAAAACUGCAAAUGGAUCCAGGGAGAAGGACAAGUGCACAGAAACCUCCCCUCAGGAGCAAAACAGGCCAGUCUGCGAGUCACUCAAGACUCACCUUGAAUGUGAGCGAUAGGAAGGAGCUCUCUGCAGCCCAGCUCUCCAAGUUGCCUCUAGAAUCGCAGAUAGAGGAGCUGAGCACAAGGCUUGUGAUCCAGCUGGAUGAGAACGAAGCUCUGAAAGCCGCUUUGGAGACUACUGUGAGAAAGAAAGAGGAAGACUUUAAACUGUAUCAAGACACAAUGGACCAAGUGAAGGAUAUCUUUUUACAGGCCAUUCGACAGCAGAAACAAGAGACGAGUUAAGCAAGAUAUUCAGAGUCCUUUGGACUGCAAAGCAGGGAGAGAGCCCAGGCAUCGUGCCCAUGAAUUGAAAUACAGUGGCAGUGUAGUUUUGCAGCCUCAGAUCUUGUCAUUUCUUUAGCAUUCACAGAAGAGGAUGAGAAAUGGAGGUGAAAUACAAAAAGAGUGAAGGUUUUGCAUGUCAGCAAAUUCUGUCGGUAAGAGUUAGGAAGCAGCUGGCUCACAGACUGCACAUGCCGUAGGUUGGUGCAGUUUAGGAAGCUGUAAUUCUACAGUGUGAUUUUGGGCAAAACCUCCCUAGUUUCAACAGAAUUUUCCUCAAGAGGGCUCGAUACUCAAUAUGCUGCUGCCUUUAUCAGCUCAUAAAGGAAUUUGCUAUACAAAAGUUAUGCCAGCUCUCUUCCAAAGUCGUGCCAAGAACAAACCCAGUUCUGUUUUUAUCAGCUCACUGAUACCUGUCUGCCUCAGGCUUUCUGUCGUGUGGAUUAGCCUGGCCUCUGAAUAGCUGCAAGUGAACUUUUGGGGGGCUCCACUCACCAUUCCAACCUGUUUCUUUGCGUGAACAUAUUAGCAGCAGAGUUUUCUGAUACUCAGUGGAGUUUCCACUGAAAAGGUAGACAGUGCUGAUUACGCCUGCAAUCAGUCAGACCUACCUUAAAUUCAGCUUAUUCCAUAAGAUACUUGCCAUCCAGGUGAUGAAUUUCCUAUUCCUGGGUCUCUGCAUUCAUCUACCAGGCAGGUCUUGUUCUCACUAGGAAGAAAUGCUAACAAAACACAGGCAGGUCCUCACCGCAGUAGUGGUGGGACUUCUGGAGAUGCUGAAAACACUUGCAUCUCUGUCCUUUUCUCUUGCAGCAUGGUGAGAACACCAAGUGCAAGCUAAUAAGGCAUUAACAUGCAGCCUGCCAGCAGAGAGCUAGCCUUGGGGAUUACAAGCAAAUGGAGAGCUAGUAAUUUUUGUGUAGUGCUGCUUUGUUUCUCGGUUGAAAGUCUUGAAAGCUCUUCUUUUUCUGCUUUGCUUUUUGUGAGUGUGAAGUUUGUCAGACUUUAACCCCAGCCACCACGAGUGCAAAGUGGAUUUGUGGACAGGCGAGCCGGCUGCUCCCUUCGCAGCAUGGGGCUUGCAUCCUGACUCCACUUGCGCUGCGAUAAGGCAGAGUGAAAAAGAGAGCAGAGUGGGAGUUAGUCCAGAUGCGGUGAGGGUAGUGUCGUCCCUGUCUUUUUCCUGCUUAGGUUCAGAGAUGUCCCUCUUCAAACGGUUUACGAGUCCCUGAUGGAGGAGGUCACAGAGCUGAGGGUUAAGCCUCCCUGUACCCAAGAGCCCUGCUCCGCUCCCCCAGCGCUGGCCUGUAUCUCAGCAAAGCUGUCAGGUACUUUCCCGCAAAAAGCGGGACCAAAACAGUUCACUGCCAAAUUCCUCCUGCUCACCCUGCCAGUAGCAUCAGAGGAAAAGGCAUCUUGCAACCCGUAAUCCUUUCCUCCCGACAGCUUGGGGAAUCGUAAAUCCUGGAUCGAGAGAGAGACACAGUCUCGUUCAAGUGAGCUGCGGUUUGUUUCUGUUCAGCUCUGUCCUGAUGAUUAUGUAGCAUGGGGUAGAGUGAGCAGACAGAAGAGGAGAAAUCAGCCCACCUCCAACAGAUAUUUUAAGGACCUGAAGUAGUGAGGGGAUCACUCUGAAAAGCUGCCUGAGCUGUGGCAAGAGGUGUGGAGAUUUUGCUAUGCGGUGGCUGCUAAAUUCAGGCUGGUAGCUUGCUGCUGGCGAUUCUGAUUUCGCUUACACAGAAGUGUGAAUCAAUAAUAUUUUCACUUAAGUACGGGAGAGGCAAUCUGCCAUCCUUUCUAAUACAGCGUCAGCGUUUGUCCCCUGUCCCGUGACAAAGCAGUGAAGAUCAUACCACUCUCCAGCAAAAUGGCUAUGAAUCAACCCAUGAAACACAGAUAAGAAACUGGGAGUGCUGUAUGUUACAGAACUCAUAUGGCUCGCUAGCACAUGGUGCAAACCUCAAGUGCUGCAACGCUUAUUUCUUUAAACAUAUGCUUGUUUGAUGUUGCACAGAAGCAUUUUAUCUUUUUUUUUUUUUUUUCUGCACAAACACACACAGAUCAACACCGGGCACCUUGACAAAGAAGGAAGUAAGAUGCUAUAAAAUAGUUUAUUUACAGAACCCAUACCUGUGAGUAACUGUUUCUCGUGGAAAUGUGCAAUCUGUCUCCCAUCACAGAGCAGUGGAGCGGGGUGGGGGGGGGCUGAAUACAGGCCAAAUUGUCCAGGUCUUCUGUUUUCACCUUACUUUUGAAAUAAAUUCCCUCUGCACUUCCACAGAGUGACCUGCCUUCGAAUUCUCCCUGUGCUGACUCUUGCAGCAAUUGCUUCCCAGUUUUAAAGGUAUGAGACCAAUUUUCUUGCAGUGCAUGUCAUUUCAUUGCUGAAUGUAAGAAACCCUGACAGAUCUUGGAAGCGGCAGCGCUAGUUCAUCUGGCUGCAGCAGCCCCAUGUCCUCCAACCCAUCACUCAGAGAAUAAAAAUAGUGAAAAUAUUUUUCUUACUGCCUGCAAAAACCUGUACCACUGGUCCUCAGCCACAGAAUCUCUCCAGCACGUUUGAUGUGCUGUUUGAGCUACAACAUAUCUUUUAGCGAUGUAGCUGGGCUUGAUUUGAAACCUCCACAACCCCCUGCUUUCCUUGGAAGUUUGUCCUCAUGGAUAAUUACCAGCCCAUUAAAAUCCCGUGCUUCAAUUCUCAUUUGAAUUUCUCUGGCUUCGGUUUGCAGCCAGUCAUUGUUAUGCCUUUCUUUGCUAGAUAAAAGGGGUGUGAGUACCCAGCAUUUCCUCACUGGCAGAGCCCUCAUCCAGUGUAAAGUCAUGUCACAGGCUGCUUUUUGAUAAGCUCUGAGUUUUUUCAGUCUCAUUGUAGCUAAUGGUGGUGACAGGCUGGUGGUGACAACGCUCGGCAGCGCUGGCACAGGCUGGUGGAUACAGUUAAGCUGUGAAGAACAGCGUAAGGUUAAUUUUGCUGCAAGUAUUUGAGGCUAUAGACACUCCUUUUUAGGAUUUGGCCAGCUUCUCGCUAAUGUAUGCUAAGGGCUGAGCCAAAUGUUGUCUUCUACCCUGGAGCUGGGCAGAGCACUUCCACAAAGCAGCUAUGAGAUGCCUGACAGAUGCAUCCGAUUUUAAAAGUACAACUGAACCACUGGGAAUAAAUGACCUUUGAUGAA